AUACAACUUGAACAGUCAACAUCGACGCUUCUCCCAACUUACAAGUUUAUUUCUGAAAGGAAUCUUCUACACUACUAUUCUACAAUGGGUUUCCGUAUGCUCCUCGUCUUCUUAAUGAUUGUCGCUUUGACAAAAGUGAAUUCUGCUCCUACUGAAGACACUACGGCUACUCCGGAUGUUGUUGGCAGUGGAUCUGGAGGAAGUGGAUCCGAGGGUUCUGGAGGAGUUUUUGGAAAUGAAGCCAACGAAGGUGGUGACAAUGGCAAUGAAGCUGCUGAACAACCUACGAAGUAAAGGAAAGAGCAAAGAAAGAAGUUGGGUUCCAAACUAGUUUAGUUUCAUUUGCCUUUAGCAAGUGAAUUCUCAGUUGGGCCUUUUAUUCCAAUACAUUCUGGAAAUGAAGCAUUAAAGCUC